UCUGCACAUUUCCGGGUUUAGAAGUUGAGAUAUUUUUUGGAAUAAAUUUUACAGUAUUAGACACCACUGCUAUUUUUUGUGAUGACAGUACGCCUGUAGUUACUUUUCUUAUUCAUAUCCAGACGAGUUUCGGUUGCAAGUCUCCAUAAGGGAUGGCAGAAGACGAGGUGUUGUUUGAUGAUGUCUAUGAACUACAAGAUGUGAUUGGAAAGGGCCCAUUCAGUGUUGUAAGACGAUGUUUACAUAGAGACACAGGCAAACAGUUUGCUGUGAAAAUUGUAGAUGUUGCAAAAUUCACUUCAAGCCCUGGACUUAGCACAGAAGACUUGAAGAGGGAGGCAAGUAUCUGUCAUAUGCUGAAACAUCCUCAUAUAGUGGAACUGCUAGAGACAUACAGCUCAGAUGGCAUGCUAUAUAUGGUUUUUGAGUAUAUGGAUGGGGCAGACCUGUGUUUUGAAAUUGUGAAGAGAGCCUCUGCAGGUUUUGUGUACAGUGAGGCUGUGUCAAGUCAUUAUAUGAGACAGAUUCUUGAAGCCUUGCGGUAUUGUCAUGCAAAUGGAAUUAUCCACAGGGAUUUGAAACCACAUUGUGUCUUACUUGCCUCAACUGAAAACUCAGCCCCUGUGAAAAUUGGAGGGUUCGGUGUUGCCGUGCAGCUACCCGAGAGUGGGAAGAUCUCUGGAGAUGUUACCAUCAACCAUAACCUUGACCUUUGGUUGGAAUUACGUGAAGAUCGAGUUGGUCGUAUUGGCACGCCACAGUUUAUGGCCCCAGAAGUUGUAAAAAGGGAGCCGUAUGGGAGACCAGUGGAUGUCUGGGGCUGUGGAAUCAUGUUGUUUAUACUGCUGUGUGGGUAUCCCCCUUUCAUAGGAACCCGAGAACGCUUAGCAGACCUCAUAGUACAGGGAAAAUAUCAUAUGCGAGAAAAGCAAUGGAUUACAAUUUCCCCGGAAGCCAAAGACCUUGUUUCCAGAAUGUUAGAGGUGGAUGCUGAACAAAGAAUCACUGUUGAAGAAGCACUUGCUCAUCCUUGGAUCAAGGAGAGGUCGAAAAUAUCCAAAGGUCAUCUAACAGAGACUGUAGAAGAGUUAAAGAAAUUCAAUGCUAGAAGAAAAUUGAAGGGUGCUAUUAUGGCUGCAGUAUCGAGCUCCAAGUGGACAAGUUUCUACAAUGAUCCCCCACAUCCAGACUUUAAUGAAGAGGACAUAACAAGCACUGGAGCAGUGUCCCAGGUGCUGGAUUCCCUCGAAGAAAUCACGUGCCUCGUCGAUUGCACGAGUAGCGAAGGUGAAUUCCUAGAGGAAGUGUUGGAAGAUACAAAACUACACAAUCUGUUAAAUUUAUAUGACAAGAUCAACUCACAUCCUGUUGCACCAAACCGGUCUCCACCUGCUGAUGCUGUAAAUAGAGUUAUAGAGGUGCUAGCUUUGGUAGAAGGUCAAGAUGGUGCUGUUGCACAGGAGUUGCAUGCCCUUUUCAGCAAGUCUCAUUUUAAGGCUUUACUGCAAGCCCAUGAUGUUGUGGCACAUGAAGUGUAUGGAGAGGAAGCAGUGAGAGUUACACCUACUGUGCCAGUCACUCCGUUCCUGAAUGGUAAUAUUGAGCCAGAUUCACCGGAAACCUCCGAGAUGGAGAACGUUACCAGAGUUCGACUUGUACAGUUCCAGAAAAAUUCUGAUGAACCUAUGGGUAUUACACUAAAACUGAAUGAAGAAGGACGAUGCCUGGUAGCUAGAAUUAUGCACGGGGGGAUGAUACAUCGUCAGGGUACGCUACACGUCGGCGAUGAGAUAAGGGAGAUAAAUGGUAACAGUGUUCUCAACCAGACUGUCGACAGCCUGCAAAAAAUGUUGAGAGUACAAGGAACGAUAAGUUUCAAGGUGAUACCAAGUGCACGGGGCCUGAUCUCUCGAGAACGAUACGAAAAUAACAACCACAAGGAGAUCUUUGUCCGCGCCUUAUUUGACUACGAUCCUCAGGAUGAUGAUCUUAUACCAUGCUCUCAAGCCGGAAUACCAUUCCAAAUUGGCGAUGUUCUCAGGGUAAUAAGUAAAGAAGAUUCAAGUUGGUGGCAGGCGAGGAAAGUUGAUGCCUUACCUAGUGAACCAGCAGGUUUGAUUCCGUCACCAGAGUUACAAGAGUGGCGUGCAACGACCACAGCACAGGAACGUGCAAAACAAGAGCAUUCUGUGCAUUGUUCGUGGUUUGGUAAAAAGAAGAAAGAUAAAUAUUUAGCAAAACACAACGCCAUAUUUGACCAAUUAGAAAUCAAUACAUACGAGGAGGUGGUACGACUUCCAGCAUUUGUUAGAAAAACUUUAGUCUUACUAGGUGCUCAUGGUGUAGGUAGACGACAUAUAAAGAACACAUUAAUCACUACACAUCCUGACAGAUAUGCAUACCCCAUUCCACAUACGACCCGUCCACCCAAACCUACAGAAGAAGAUGGAAAGAACUACUACUUUGUGACACACGAAAAAAUGAUGGAAGAUAUCUCGUCAAAUAAAUAUUUAGAGUACGGAACCCACGAAGAUGCAAUGUAUGGUACGAAGCUAGAAACGAUCAAACAGAUACAUGUACUCAACCUUAUGGCCAUCUUAGAUGUAGAACCACAGGCCCUUAAAGUGUUACGCUCGGCAGAGUAUGCUCCCUUUGUUGUAUUUAUUGCCGCACCUAGUGCUCUGGAUCUACAGUUAGCUAAAACUUCCGGAAUAGAUGAUGGGAGUUUAGAAAGGCUUGCCAAAGAAAGUGAACUUUUAGAAAAAGCCUAUGGACAUUAUUUUGAUUUUAAAAUAGUUAACAAUGAUAUAUCAGAGACAAUUAUACAACUUGAGGAUGCCAUUGACACUGUUUGUUCAACGCCGCAGUGGGUGCCUGUUAGUUGGGUGUAUUGAGUACCGUAAAAUACCAUAUUUAUUAUAAUAUUCACCCCACAGGUGGCCAUUUUUCAUGAAUACAUGAAUUAUGAGUAUUGAUAUAUAACAGCCUGUAAAAAUUUAACUGAGCAUUUGUUUCUUAUACCACAGUCACACAUACGGCGCAAAUAGCUAUGUCGAGCUAUGGAUAGAAACGUAGUAACCCGUAUCGAUCCGUACCUGAGCCGUACGAAUUGAUACGGCUUACUACAUUAAGGUACGUCUCGGGUACGUUUCAGUACGGGUCGAUACGGAUUACUACGUUUUUAUCCGUGGCUAGACGUAGCUUUCCGCGCCGUAUGUGUGACUGGGGUAUUAAGUAAAUGGUGGAAGAUUAUUAAAUUUGAUAACAUCGCAAAUGUUGUGCAUAUGCAGACAUAUACCUGAUAGCCAGUUAUAUUGAGUGUUUUAUGUAGGGUGUAUAAGAACAUGGUUCUUCAUGAUGAAUAUUUCAAUAGACAGAAGAAUUACUUUAAAGGACUGGUGUUGAUUGGAUACAUUUUCCAGUGGUAAGAGGCGUCAAUUCAUGGCGAAAAUGAAAAAAAGUAUCAGUGGGGUGUUUAUAAGAAUAAGUAUGGUUUUGCUAUUUGAGUGAGUACCUGUUUUCUGUGACAUUCGUCUUCCAGUAUGGUGUUUGGUUUACCAGAAAUCAAAAGAGAAAGAAAAUACAGAGCUUUUAACUGUCUUUGGAUAAUAUAUAUGAAGGGAAGUAACUUGUAUAUGGAGAACUUUGCUGACUUUAAAGAGUUACUGCAAAAGUAUGGCAGCCAUUGACAAGUGAUAAUAUGUUUUUAUAUGUCUGUUUUGGAAAAAUGGGACAUAUUAUGUGAUGUUGCAUCAGUCUGUUUGUCUGUCUGUCAUAUUUCAUGUCCAGAGAGUAAUAUAAAAAGCAUUCAAGGUAUUACUUUAAACUUGACUUAUUGGUAGGUUGCAUAGUGCAUGAACUGGCCGGUAGGUUAAAGGUUAAAGUCACAAAUAAUGCACAGAGGUCUAAUCUGUCCAUUAUAUUUCGAGUCUGGAGCAUAACUUCAAAAUUAUUCAAGGUAUUAACUUGAAACUUGAAAUACAGGUAAGUGGUGAUGAGACAAAGUGCAAAUUGCUAAAAUCUGAUUACUCUCCCACUCAAUCCCCAAUUCACCCCCUCCCAACACACAAAAUAAAACUUUCUUGUGCCUUAGUAUUGUUUCACCACAGCUGCACAGAACCCCCAUCCACUCCAGUCUGCAACCACUUAUUUAAAGCUGGGCGUAUAUUGCCCCGUUUUGCGGAGCUCUUGUUUUUCAUGUUGCUGAUUUUUGAUGUGUUUCAAACAAGUUGUCAUAUUGUCAUGCAAAAUAUUGUCAGUAAAAUGAAGUGUAAUUUUCUUUGUCAAUGUGUUAAAUGUAAAUAAACAGAAGUGAUAUUAUGGUUGAAAUAAAUCUAAACUUAGUUUCUGUUUUAAGCUAAGGCAUAAGGAAUAUAUAUUUUGAUUAAUUUAAGUUCAUGUAUACAGAAGUUUAUGACCUAAUGUAAGGGUAUGGAACUAUUGUGAUUGAGCUUUGUCUGUCUUGCCGUAACCUAUCUCUGUCUAUUUUGAUAACUAGUUUGAUCAUAGACAAAAUCAAACAAGAUCUAUUCAGACUGAUGCUGGCAAAAUACUUUUUUUUUUUUUUUUUUUUUAAGUAGACCCUAAAUCAAAGUGUUUUGCUGUAUUUUCAUUCUGUUUAUUUUAGUUUACCUUAGGAAGGGGUUAGGGGCCUAUAUGGCUGAGUGGUUAAGGUCACUGACUUCACUUGAUGUGCGUACGAGCCUCACUUGGGGCAUUGAAUUCUUCAUGUGAGGAAGCCAUACAGCUGGUUAUCGGAAGGUAGAUGGUUCUACCUGGGUGCACAGAGGGGCACCUGGGGUCUUCCUCCACCAUCAAAGCUGGGAAGUUGCCAUAUGACCUAUAACUGUGUCUGUGCGAUGUUAAACCGAACAAAAAACAAAAUUAGGAAGGGGUUGGGGUAAAAACAUCAUGUUUUGCACUACUUGUUACAACUGUUGCCAGUUAUUUCUAAAAAAGCAAAAAUAGCAUUUAAGUCAAAGUAUCAACUGGAACAGAAUCACAAGCAAAAAAGUAAGGUGUUUAAUUCAAUUCAUCACACAGGCAAAAUGUAUGCCACUGAAGUCCUGCUGCUGCUUGGAAUGACAGAAAACACUGCCUUACUAUUUAUACAGGCAAUGAGAAAGUUACUCACUAGGGUAGUAUUUUCUGUCAUUAUUCUUGACAGUGUAUAGUACUACAAUCAUUCACUCGGAAAAUUGUAGCAGUCAUAAACCUUAUCCUCAUAAAUUGUGACAUCAAAGCAGUCAUAAACGUUAUCCUCAUAAAUUGUGACAUCAAAGUAGUCAUAAACGUUAUACUCAUAAAUUGUGACCUUAAAGCAGUCAUAAACGUUAUCCUCAUAAAUUGUGACAUCAAAGUAGUCAUAAACCUUAUCCUCAUAAAUUGUGACCUUAAAGCAGUCAUAAAUGUUAUCCUCAUAAAUUGUGACAUCAAAGCAGUCCUAAACCUUAUCCUUGUAAAUAGUGACAUCAAAGCAGUCAUAAAUGUUAUCCUCAUAAAUUGUGACAUCAAAGCAGUCAUAAAUCUUAUCCUCAUAAAUUGUGACAUCAAAGCAGUCAUAAACCUUAUCCUCAUAAAUUGUGACAUCAAAACAGUUAUAGACCAUAUACUCACAGCUGUUAAAAUAAUGACAUCAAAGCAGUCAUAAAGAAUGACAUCAUAGCAGUCAUAAAACAUAUUCUCAUAGCAGUCAUAGAUUGUGACAUCAUAGCAGUCGUAAUCUAUGGUAGUUGAGCAGCCAUAAUUUGUGACAUUUAGCAGUGAUACACUGAAGUAUUUAGUAUGGCCGUAGAAUAGUUACGAACUACAGUUAUAAACUUAGACAUGAUGUCAUAAGCUUUAUCAUGAGAAUAAGUAUUAGGAUAUUCAGAUUUAAUUUUACAUUUAGGUGAGUUGAAUUAGGCAGAAUGACCUUGGUUAAGAUACUGGAUGAAUGUUUUUAUUUUUUUUAUAUAGAUAACAUGUUUUUAUGCAACAUAUUUGUGAUUUGUUACAGAUUACAUAGAAUAUCCCAAAUCAUAUAUUUUCUUAUAUUUUCCUGUGUACCGGUAUGAUUACAGCUGUGCUAAGGUAUUAUAGUUAUUUGUUAAGUUACGUGAAGGUGUAAUAAAAGCAGAAGAAUGGAAGAAACAUAGUACUUACUUAGAGUAAGUGCUCACUGAGCUGGGCUAAAGCACAUGCAAUAGAAGUAAGGAAAUUAGUGAUUUGGGACGUUGCAUUAUAUUUAUAUAUACUUACUUGUGUUCAUAGUUUUGCAGUUAUAUAGAUAAAUGAGAUAUUUUGCUUCCAAGAUUUAUUUGCUAAACUGUAUUUUAUUAUUUUGUAUUAAAGUAGGGUUAUUUUUUUUGUUCACAGUUUUUGUUUGAAGAAUGUGCUGGGUUGUUAUUCCUUAAUUUCGAAAUUCUGAAAUGGUCUUAUACAUAGGACUGUCAACAGUUACUGUUGUACUCACCUGAAUUUGUUUAUAAUUCAUCUUUUCUCCUGAAAUUUUGCAUAUUAAAUAUAAUUGUACUUACAGCUGAAAAAACAAUAAAGUUCACACAAAGUUUCAUAAAAAAAUCUUUGCUUCUGUUAUUUAACAGAGUGAGUAAAAAAAAAAUUGCAUUUCAGAGUCUGAGCUACAGACUCACUGGAACAUUUGAUUAACCUUUAUUUUGCUAAAUUUCUAUAAUGGACUGGUCCAUCAUUCAGUUUGGGCAGUACCAUUUAUUAUUUGAAGGGGUAUUCACUGAAAAUUUACUGACUGAAUAGCAAACAGUGCAGACCAUAAUAAGACUACACAGAUGUGCAGGCUGAUCUUGGUCUGCACUGGUCGCAAAGGCAGAAUCACUUGCCACCAGCAGGCUAAGGGUUAAUAAAUAUGAUCACUGUGUCUUCUGUAUACAUACAUAUGUACCUUUCAAUUUUAAUAUAUAAAAUACAUUUUUUUUGGAAUUAUUGGUUAUAUAUAUUUCUCUUUUUAAUAUGAAUUGGUGUUUCAUAUUGAAACUGAAAGCAUUUCUGAAAGAUUUGAUCUCCAUUUAGAAGUUAUGUUAGUGAAUGUAUUAAAUUAAAGAAUAGUAUAUAUAAUCUUGUACAAUAUUUUAUUAUUUUAUUUAGUCUAAUCAUUAUAAAGUCAGUAAUUUUCACUUUUUUUUGAGAUAUAUUUCUUAUUUUAUUUACAACUUUACUUAAUGCUUUUCAGGGAAAUCUUGGGAUUUGUAAUAAAGUGGAAGUCAUAUGAAUUUUAUACGCUUUUAAAACAUAAAACAUUUGGACAUCAGCACUGUAUUCCUUUAUAGAGUAAAUUGUGUUUGAUGGAUUUAUUCAACUUGGCAUGAAAAUUGCAAUGCAAUUUUGAUUUGAAACAUAUGAAUUUAUUAUACUGAGAAAAAAAUUGAAAUUAUGUAAAUUGACUAGUAUCUAAAUAAGGAAGUGAUCACUAAUUCUGACAGGUUUUACAGACAGGGCUAAAUGUUUGUACCACAGUACAUAAAAUAUGUUUGACAUGAUUGUGUCUGUCAUUCAUUAAUUGUUUGUUGAUCAUAAAAAAAACUUUAUUUUGUAGAUGUAUUUUAGUCCAGGAAUGAAUUCCGGUAAUUUCCCUCCCUGCUUAUGAAUUUUUAUACUGCCUCCAUUAAAAAUGAGUAUUGCCCCUGUCUGUGUGUGUUGCAUGCGAAUGUUUGGAAAACCCUGUCUGGACACCAAUGACUUAACAU